UACUCUAGCGUCUGCUUAGCCUAACUACUUUCCAUCUGUUAUUCGCUCCUUUACAAGCGAGUAAAAAUCUAUUUAAAGCUUACGUCUCUACCUCAGCUGCUGCGAAAUGGCGGGGAACUUCUGGCAGAGUUCUCAUUAUCUGCAGUGGGUCCUGGAUAAACAGGACCUGAUGAAAGAGCGCCAGAAGGACCUGAAGUUUCUCACAGAAGAGGAGUACUGGAAGCUGCAGAUUUUCUUCGCCAACGUGAUCCAGGCUUUAGGUGAGCACCUGAAGCUUCGUCAGCAGGUCAUUGCUACCGCAACUGUUUACUUUAAACGCUUCUAUGCCAGGUAUUCUUUGAAAAGUAUAGAUCCAGUUCUCAUGGCCCCUACCUGUGUUUUCCUGGCUUCUAAAGUUGAGGAAUUUGGAGUUGUAUCCAAUACCAGGCUGAUCUCUGCAGCAACAUCUGUGUUGAAAACAAGAUUUUCCUUUGCCUUUCCAAAGGAGUUCCCCUACAGAAUGAAUCAUAUAUUAGAAUGUGAGUUUUAUCUUUUGGAGCUGAUGGACUGCUGCCUGAUUGUGUACCACCCCUACAGACCAUUGUUGCAGUAUGUGCAGGAUAUGGGACAGGAGGACAUGCUGCUGCCCCUGGCCUGGCGAAUAGUGAAUGACACGUACAGGACAGAUCUGUGUUUGCUCUACCCUCCUUUCAUGAUAGCCCUGGCUUGUCUGCAUGUUGCCUGUGUGGUGCAGCAGAAAGAUGCCAGACAGUGGUUUGCAGAGCUCUCGGUUGACAUGGACAAAAUCCUGGAGAUUAUCCGUGUUAUUCUGAAGCUGUAUGACCAGUGGAAAAAUUUUGAUGAUAGAAAGGAGAUAGCUGCUGUCCUAAACAAAAUGCCAAAACCCAAACCACCUCCAAACAGUGAGAGUGAUCAGAGCUCCAAUGGGAACCAAAGCAACUCAUACAGCCAGUCUUAGCAUGGCGUCUGUACUUCUGUGGAAAUCCAUAAUGUUGACCUGGGGAGGAGGAGGAGGAAACAGUCACAAUAUUCAUCUGAGUGAGAUUCGUCUUCAACCGACCCCCAACAAACUGAGAGAUGUCUUCACCUUUUCCUCCCUGUCUGGUCAUUAUGGGUUUCUGGACUGAGCAAGUGGGUGCGCUAAAUCCUGCAGUGAACAGCCGAUCACUGACAGCAAGCGUUGACGUCUCGAUGAGGCUUUCUACUCUGACUUGAAAUAAACUUAAAAGCUAAGGAACUUGUGGGGGGAAUGGGGUGGGAGGGAAUGUAGGGGAAACCUGAUAGAGAGCAGAUGCGAUGGUUCAGUUGACACUUGUCAUUGUGAUGAUCCUGACGUCCUUGAACAGCCCAGAGGAGCGAGUCUUUACACGCAGACCUCCGUGGGAUUUGA